AGGAUAGCUGUAUGGCUAUUGAGCACCACUUCUUCUGCGCCAAUUAAAGUGAAUGAUCCAACUACUCGAGCAAAGAUCGUCAAAUGCAAGGAGUCUCUGUGGAAGUUCUUGUAUUACGGUGCCUGUGACGUAUUCGUUCUCAAAGUACUUUACCAUGAGCCAUGGGCCUACGAUAUCAAACUCUACUUUCACGCUUGGCCUAAUCAAGAGUUGAAACUUCCAAUAAAACUGUACUAUAUGUGCCAGUGUGGUUUCUAUGUCUAUGGUGUUGCUGCCUUGCUUGCAUGGGAGACCAGAAGAAAAGAUUUUGCUGUGAUGAUGUCUCACCAUGUUAUCACAAUCAUCCUCAUUUCCUACUCCUACUUAACCAGUUUUUUCCGAGUUGGGGCAAUUAUACUCGCACUUCAUGAUGCAAGUGACGUGUUUAUGGAGUCUGCUAAAAUCUUCAAGUACUCGGAAAAUGAGUUUGGAGCAAGUUUGUGUUUUGCACUAUUUGCUCUCUCUUGGCUAUUGCUACGGUUGACAUACUUUCCAUUUUGGAUCAUCAGGGCCACCAGCAUUGAACUCUUGGAUCAUUUGGAUAUGACAUUAGCUGAAGACACCAUCAUGUACUAUUCCUUCAACACAAUGUUGCUGAUGCUUCUUGUUUUCCACAUAUAUUGGUGGUACCUCAUUUGUGCCAUGAUUGUAAGACUACUUAAAAACAGAGGAAAAGUUGGAGAAGACAUUAGAUCCGAUUCAGAGGAUGAUGAAUAGGCUUUGGCAAGCAUGACAGAUACGGAACAUGUUUCCACUUCUCCAACCAAACCCUUUUUUUAGCUCAGCUUCAUCAUUACUUUACUGAUUAGAGUUGGCGGUUAUAGAUUUUUUGUCGUUCAAUUUUGUAUUGGUCGAGUCCAUUUCGACAUUGGACUCUGCUUCUUAUUUCUCUUUGACAAAUAUAAAGAAAACAGAAACUCUGGUUUCUUGUGUUGUUCUCUGUUGUAUAAAACAAUGUGGAUGUCACUUUGUAAAUGAAACUACUCUUGUAUGGUCUUUAUUAUAGAUUU